CUUCCAACUCGCCAAUCAAUCCCUGGUUCCAUCCCCAUGGACGAAGACGAACCUAUCAUCGCCGAUCAGGACCUUGACGCCAUUGAAGACCUCGAUCCAGUGGAAGAGGUUGAAGAGCUCGGAGAAUCCGAUGGCGAAGAAGAGGCGGAGGAGACUUCAAGAACCAUGAUUCCGGCUGUCUAUAAACCGAUGCUUGUGAAGAUAUUGCGUGAUUUGCAGUCCCCUGAGAUCAAGAUAUACUCUGUAACGUCUAAGGAGUUUGUUGAUCUUCUUCGGAGUGAUUCUGGCGGUGGAGUCUUGCUUGAGUAUGUGAAGUCAUCACCGGGAUGUGGAGAACUUGAUGAAUCAUGGCGAGCUCAUUGUGGUAAGCCUGGGAUGUCUUAUAUCCUGUCUUUGGUUUCUGUGGUGCUUGAUCAUCCCUUAGGUAAGUCGAGAGCAAGCGGAAUUUGUAGGAAUCUUGAUAAUUUUGCUCGUGCUAUUGUUGGAUCGAAGCUGGAUGAUAUUUACAUUGAGUUGAAUAGCCAAGAAUGGAGACGGCAGAGUGCAGGGUUGACUCUCCUUGCUUCAAUUGUUAGGCGUGGGAUGAGUUUGGCAUCGGAUGUGGCUAAAACUUUCAACUUUAAGCUCCCAGUGCUCACCAAGCUCUCUGGGGUGAGGAGGAAGAAGAGUAGCAAUAAGGGAGCAAAGGAAAAGGAGCACCGUGUGAAGCGUGCCACAAGACGUGCCUUUGUGGAGUUCGCCAUGUCUUUUCUUGAAGUUGGGAAUCCGAGGUUGUUGAGGUGGGUUCUUCAGCAGAGAGAGAUGUAUUCUGGAGUGCUCCAGAUGCUGGGGAGUGAUGAUGCUGAGACAGUUGUACAUAUUUUGUCUACGUUACGUGACAAGGUUCUUGUUCCUGAAUCUCUUGUGCCUCCGGGACUCCGGAGUGUGCUGUUUGGGAGUGUCACACUUGAGCAGUUGAUUUGUGUCUCAGGGAAUCUUGAGGCAGGAAUGGCUGCUGAUAUUGCUCAUGAAGUUUUGGUGAGAGUCUGUACAGAUCCUGUUAAUGGUCUGAUGCCCAGUUCAACUGGGAAGGGGAAUGAAAAACGGUUGUUUGAGCUGAUGAAGAAGCUGAAAGCUACCGAGGCUCAUUAUCACAAGGAUCUGCUUCUGGCCAUUGUCAAAUGCAGGCUAUCUUUCUGUUCAGCCUACAUGGAUGACUUCCCAUACCAUCUUGAACCUCGCCCAACAUCAUUGUGGUUUGCUGCUAUAUCCCUUGCAGCUGACAUAAUAGCUUCGAUGAAUGUGGAUACUCUAAUUGCUUCUAUCGGAUUUGGUUCUCAUGAUUCAGUGAUGAAUGAAUUGGGAAAUGUCUUGAAGUGCAUUAUUCCCCGUGCAUUUACCCGGCCAGUGAUAAAUAAGGGUUUGCUUCAUCAUGAUGUUCUUGUGAAACAUGGGUCUUUGAGGGUGCUUUUUGAAUCACUUAAGUUAGUGGACAGUCUGAUCAACAGAAUUGAUGGCAUAAUAGAUAGUGCCGGAUUGAGAUCAGUAGCGGAGAUCCCCGGAGAAAGGAUGGCUGGCUUACAUGGUCUUCCUGGGUUGAGUUCUAUAGCAGAGAUUGAUAGGCUUUUAGGGAUGAACAAGAUGUCUUCCCCUCACACUGAUGAACAAGAAGCUGAGCGGUGGGUUUCUAUAAAGCAGUAUAUUCAAGAUGAGGUCAGGGUAUUACUGCCUGAUCCUCAAGUUUUGGUUAAACUGUUCUCUACACCAAGUAGCAGAGUUUUAAAGCAUGCGGGAACAAGUUUGAAAAGAUGCGCAAGUUUGGCAGAAUCUGGCUUGCGAAAAUUCAAGAAGCUGAAAUCUGAAUCAAUCAAUGAUAAUAUUGAUCUUGUUAUUGGUGGUAUAGACGAUGAAUUUACUGCUGAUAUCUCUGAGACUCAGAAAAAAGCUAAAUCUAGUUUUACCGAAAAUGAAUUGGAUGUAGACAAGGAUAUUAAAAUGACUAUGACGGAGAUUUGGGGCUUGAACAAGAGCCCAUGUAGUAUUAAUGUAUUGACAGAGCCUGAAAUUUAUUUGUACUCUAAGCUGCUUGACAUUCUCACCUUCUACCUGAGAGCAAUGCCGAAUGCUUUGGACAGCACAUUUGAUUUCUUCAAAAUUCUGCCCAAUGAUCCUUUAAAUCUCUCUUUUGACCAGCAGCAGUCUGUCUUUUCUAUGUUAAUAGAAUGCAUUGGACUUUGUCCAGGGGGCAACACUGCAACCAGAGCCCCUGAACUAAUGUACAGGCAUUUGCAACCACUAAUCAAUACCUUGGUAUUUUCAGAAGAUAUAAAUGUUCAAGAACAAGCCUAUAUCUUGGCACGAGCAGCCAUGAUAAGCACUGGGGCGUUUGACCAGAACCUCUUAGAAGUUGAUGCAUGGCUUGUCUUCAUACCAGGAUUUAAUACAAAAAAAAAUUCUGGUAAAACUCAAAUAACUGAAAUGUUUCGUGACUGGUCUAAGGUGGUUAUUUCCUUUCUUUGUGAUGCUGUUUCGACAAUUGGGAAUAACUUAUACAAGAAUAUGGACCACAUGCGGCAGCUUAUCUUUGAGAUUUAUGGUCACAACGAUUCUUAUCCGGGUUUCAGCCCUCUUACCAUUUGCAUCUUACAGAAGUGCCUAAGGCUAUUGGACUCUGAUUCUGGAAAUUUCAAAUUGCAUGAAAAGUCAUGUAUAUCAUUGUAUGUUUGUUCGACAUUAAUUUUGAUUUCACAAAUGGAGGUAGGUACCACCUUACUUCCUCGUCUGGUUCAGUCGAUUUUAACGGAGAAAUUCAAACCUUCCUGCUCUAAUGAUGAGGAUUCUAAAGCAUCCCUUUGUGAGUGGAUGCCAUUAAGAAAUCUGUUACUUUUUGCAAGCAAUAUAGUGAAUCGACCAAGUUGUUCUUCCUUUUGUGCUUUAGAAGGUAAUGGGAAUGUGAGUGAUAACUCUUUCACUUCAAUACUUGAGAGGGUAAAGGGGUUUCUGGAGAAUGAUCAUGUUGGUGGCCUUGAAGGAGUUGCAGUUGCAUUAUCAUCAUCCAUAUUCUGUGCUUCUCGUGAUGAUAUAUUGAAAAGCUUCCCUUUGCUCAUUAUGUCUUCCAAAGUACUUUUUAGAUCUCAUCUUCAGUUGUUGUCAUGGGCAUUUUUCAGUGAUCCAAGAUUUCUUGCUGAUGUUGCUCAUCGGUGGUCAGAUAUGUUUUUUUCUGCUUUUGAGAUGAUUGGAGGGAGUAUUAGCCAUGACAGGAAAUCUGACAGUGAUAUUAGCUCAAAGGACGAUGCCAACUUUAUAUUGAGAUCUACUGGUACUGACAAUGUCGAUCAGACGGAAUCAGCUGCUAUCGCUUUCAGUUUACUCUUGAAACAGUCUCCAUUUUAUCUGCUGUUAUCUGGAAUCAUGAGCUUUGGCAGUUGUAAACUGGAUUCAACCAAAAUUCUGGGCAUAUUGCGUUCAACUAGAGUACUUGAUUUACUUCGCAUUAAGUUAUUUGAAGGCUCAGAACGUAUUCCUAUCUUAUAUCUCCAAUGUCUACUUUUCUGGGCGCACCACAUACUCUCAGCUUAUAGAGCUAAGCCCUGUGAUGUUCUUGAAGAACUUUUUUACACAUGUUUCACUCUGAUUGAAGACUUGUUUGAGCAUCUUGUGGCAGGUUUCUCUGAUACUGCCAAUUCAAAAACUUCAUGCAAAUCUACAGUCACCCAAUUUCAAGAUGCAAUUGAUCUCAUCAUGCAUCAUCCUACUAUUACGCUAUCAUUUUCAUGCCCUUUGUCCAGUAGCAAGAAAGUUCAAAGUGACAACUUGGGAGAUUGUGUAGAAACCUUCCUUGCUUCUUCAAAGCAGUGUUAUCACCCAAUAGAUCAACGUGUUUUGCUGUUUUCCAAGAAGGUUAUUGAGUUUUUGACAGUUUUUUGCAAUGGAUCUUCUUCAUAUAAUCUUGAUCAUGCUUCCUUUGAACAAAUUCUAAAAGCCCCUGCUGACCUGGUUGAGAAGACAGAGUUGUUAUUCAAGGAAAAAUUUGAGUUUUGUGUCAUGACGAGGGAUUUGGGACCUCUUCCCCCUAGUUUUUAUGCCUUCCAUGCCUUGGCACGUCUGAAAUCACCAUUUGAGUUGCUUCGACUGGUUCGCUGGAUGUUCUGUAAACUUGAUAAUGAAAAGUCAGGUUACAUAUCAGCGUAUGUUCCUGUCAUCUGUGUGGCCUUGUUUAUUGCUGAUAUUGCAUUAGAUAUGCUAUACAUGAUAUUAAAACAGCCAAUGAUGAAAUCACAACUGAAUCUAUUUUUGGACUUGAACACUGGAGAUUUUGAUCUGUCAAUUCUUAAGAAUAUAUAUUUUAAGAUUCUUGAUUUUGCCAUGUUCUUCAAUUUGCAAUGCGCAGAUGAAUGCUUGUUUAAGGUGGCAAAUGCUGUCCAUAAGCAGAAAUUUGUAAAACCUCAGCCAGCUUUGCUUCCAUUAUAUAUGUUAUCAUUGAGGAUGUUUGUUGGCUGCCCCACUAAAACGUUUUUGCACUUGUUCUAUCCAGCAAGUAAGACGAAAGCAAAAACACUUUUACAUCUGAUUGAAGCCAGUCCUGUUCAUAUGAGUUUGUUUGGAAAGAUAUUCACAGGUAUUGUAAUCAACAAUUUGUCUGUUAUAGAUUCGUUGAACAUGGGCAUAACCUGCCUGGAUGAGGGUGAGAUAGCUGUGGAGAGGCAGACAGAUGCACAGUUGGAAGGUGAUUUUGUUCUGAUGCUACCUGCUGCUUUGUCAUAUUUGACAAAAAACAUCAAUGAAACUCAAAAACAGGAUUUCAAAAUUUUUGAGAACAUGCUGGCCUUCUAUUCUAGAGUCCUUCUAGAUGGCUUCUCAAAUUGGAAGAGGUAUGUUUCUGGGGAUAUAUUUCAUGAGGAUUUUGAUGAUCUUGAGCUGGAACUGUUGGCAGACUUUUCUCAACUUUUCUGCUGCUCUCUUCUUGGGAAAGCUGUUCUUCUUUUGCAAUAUGCUUUUGCUAUGAAGGGUAUUUCAAUUGGGACGCAGCAGAGAUUGAAGAUUUUUUAUUCAAUUUAUCCACAUUCGACUGAAUCAGAUGAAAUUCUAGAUGGUGAACUUAGAAAUAUUGAAUCUCUUACUUUUAAUGAAUCCUUAAGACUUGCCAAUGAGAUUGCCUGUAAGAUAACUUUCACAAGUCUAUUGUUACUCCCACCAGAAAAAUCAGUGGUCUUUGGGGCAAAUGAUGCGGAUGAAAAAUUUCAGGAGAUGCCUGCAGCUCAGGAAUCUAACCAGUUGAGUUCUGCAGGGCUGCACUUUUUAAAUAUUUUAAUUACGACUUUGGAGUAUGUUGUUGGAAAAUGCCCUUGGAGGUCAGAUGGUUUUCUAAGGUCAUGUCAUACUGAUUCUGUUCACCUUUUAAGAUAUUUAGAACAGUCUAUUCUGCAGUAUAUCGUUCAAAUUUCCACUAAGAUUCAAAGUUACCUUACCCAGUUGCCUUCCAUUCCUUUUCUAAUUCCCUUUAUUAGAUCAUCUCUACUUCAUAGAUUUGAGGAUCCUGUUCGAUUGAAAGCAAUUCGUUGUAUGAUUUCAUUAUCUCAAGGAUCCUUUUCAUAUUCUGAAGUUUUUCAUCUUUUGCUUGGUCACUCUAAAUUUGUUCCUACAAUACUCUAUAGUGAAUCAACUUCUGAUCCAUUUGUUUAUUCAUCUGCUGGGACAUUUUUGCAGCCAGUCCCCAGCAUUUUGAAAUCAAUUGUUUUCCCUUCCAUUGAACAGCAAAACAUUGGAAAAAGCAGGUGUGCUGCUACUUUGAAAUCAACAUUCCAGUCUGGUGCUUUAGGUGAGAGAAAACUAGAACUAAUUAAACUGCUCAGGGUACUUGUGUAUUAUAUCAAGGACAAGCAGCAAAAUACUGAAUCCUUUAGUAUUGUUGGUUUCAAUUCAAAGGAAUUGAUUUCUUUGCUUUUGUCUGGUUAUGGUGCAACUAUGAGUGAACUAGACUUGGAGACACUCCAUCUCAUGCAUGAGAUUGAGUCGAUGGAAGGAUCUUCCUAUGACAUCAUUUCAGAAUUUGAUUAUCUCUGGGGUGCUUCUGUAAUGAAAACUAGAAAUGAACUGGUACUUGAUGGAUUGGUGGCACUCAAUGAGAAUAGUAAUAGUGAAUUAAUGGAGGAACAACACCGAAGGCUAUUUAGGGAGAACAUUCCAGUUGAUUCAGGAUUGUGUGUUAUGACCGUAUUGCACGUUUGUAAUGAUCGGACUUCGAGGCAUGGUGCACUGUCAGUAAAGAGGCUUGUGGAUGAUAGUUUAAUGGUUUCUGCAGAGCCUGUCACCAUGAACACAGUUCAAGGAUAUGAUCCUGUGUUUAUUUUGCGAUUUGCAAUUCAUAGUUUAAUGAUGGAUUACGUCGACCCAAUCGAAUUUUCUCAAGUUGGUUUACUCGCUGUCACACUGGCGAGCAUAUCUUCAGCUGAUGAAGAGAUAAGGAAACUGGGUUACGAAUCCCUUGGAAGAUUCAAGCAAGCAUUAGAGAAAAUUCGCAGCAAAGAUGCAUUACAGAUUAAACUUCUUUUAACAUAUUUGCAAAAUGGAAUUCAAGAACCAUGGCAAAAAAUUCCUUCUAUUAUUGCCAUAUUUGCUGCAGAAGCCUCUUUUGUACUAUUGGACCCUUCACAAGAUCGUUUCCGUAAAAUAAGCAAGCUAUUGGUGCAUUCUCCAAGGGUGAAUCUAAAGACUGUACCUUUGCUUCAUACCAUGUUUGCAAGUGAUUCCAUCCAUUUUAGAUCUGAUUGUUUGUGGAUUCUCCGGCUGUUACUUGCGGGGUUGAAUUCAUAUGAUGAUGCUAAAAUUUAUUUGGGAAACGGCCUUCUUGAGCUUCUGCUAAGCUUUUAUUCCUCUUCCCUCUCAGAUUUUGGGUCAAAUAUACUGAUUAUUCAGAUUGUGAAUAGAGCAGUCAAAGUGCGUUUACUGGCUAAUUAUUUAGUGAAGGAAUGUGGUUUAAUUUCAUGGCUUUCUACUAUUGUCUCAUCCUAUGGCCAACAACUUGAUGGAGGAAAGAAAGAAAUUUCAUUAAAAGCCAUGACAUGUGCUCUGAAGGUGCUGAGUGAUGUAUUAUCUUUGAGACCAAUCACUGAAUGGCUGCAAGACUAUGACCUUGAGCAGCUGUCAGAACUUUCAACUCAUUUAUUUUCUUUGUUGCUGGGUCCCCUGAAGUUUCUGAAGGAAAAUAUUAUGCUAGUGAAUUCCAUUUUACAUGUGAUUAAAUCAACUCUGAUGAUUUCGUAUAAGCGGAAGCUAUACCAACCACAUAUUCUGUUCUCGCUUGAGGGUUUAUUUCUAUUAUGGCAGAGACUUCAUUCAGAACUUGAUAAUUUUGGAUUUGAAGAUACCUUUCAGCUUGGAAUUGAUAUCCUCCUUUUGAGCUUGCCAAUGCCCAUCUUUUCUCACAUGGAUCAUGCUAGACUUGCAAAACUGUUUAUUUUGGCAAUAUCUGCUGCUUUGUCUUCCUUGUCUUGCCCAAGCAAAGAACCUGAUCCUGCCAUGGUGUUAAAUAAAGAUCAAAGGGGGAAAGAAUCUGUAUUUAUGAAGCUUUUACGCUGGAUAAUAGCAUCAGUGAUUCUAGGCAGAAUUUCGGGCAAAUCUUCAAAAAUUAAUUCAAAGAUGUUAAACAGAACAGGGAUUGAAAGCCUGCAGUCCCUGUUAGAAGCUGUGGAGGAAGAAAAAGAUGCAAGUAGAGAAGAAGAUUUUCGUUCAAAUGAAGCCUUAGCAGCCAUAAUUCUCUACCUACAACAGAUUAGUGGAAUGAAUGUUAGCACUAUUUCAUCUGUCGUCUCAGCACUUUGUUUAUUGCUUCUUCCAUCCUCUAGCACAGCAGUAAAGGAAGUUUUGGAUACGAACCGCUCGACAAUUGCAUUCCUCUGCUCAAAGAUUCGCUGCCCCAUUGAAGCCAAUUCUUCUUGGAGAUGGUCUUAUUAUCAACCAUGGAACAACUUUACAUCAAGCAAAACUGAUAUUGAAGAGAUGGAAGAAAAACAUGCAUGCCAAAGCCUUCUCAUGAUCUUUUCCAAUGCUUUUGGAGGUGAGUACCUUGGUUUACCUCCUCUUUCUCAUCAGGAUGUUGAGAUUUCUGAAUUGUUUGAGUGGGAGAAACAUAACUUACUCCAAACAAUUCAAUGAAAGUUAUUAGAGAAAAAAAAAACCCAGUUUUGGCAAUGCAGAGUGUACAGUAUCAGUUAAAAGGCAUACAGAAGUUAUAUUAUGCUUUUGAUUAUCAUGUGCAACAUUGUUGUAAUUUUAUAUCAUGUAAAAUGUCAUUUUUUUUUAUCUUGUUUUUUUGCAGUAAAAGGAUGUUGAAUUCUUUAUUAACAGCAGCUAUUCU